UGUCUGUUCUGCAAAACGUCACAAAGCGCGGCAGAAUAGCGUAAACAGAGCGCGAUUUCCUUCGUACGUUUUUCUACCCCGAGUAUGAACGUUUCAGGAAGAAGAACAAUAAAUUAAACCGUCUCAGCAGUUGUACAUGGAGCAGUUUCCGCCCGCGGUGCAGUGCGUUUGAACCAUUUGUGUUUCGUGCUUGGGCUCGGAUUGUACACAACCGGACACGGCUUUUGGGCCCUGAGAAUCAUGGAUCCACCGUCGAACAAGGGCAGACUGCCGUUAACUAACGUUUCCAACAAUGUUAAUCAGCGGCAGUGUAAAAGCAACGUACCACCGCCGCACCACGAUCCACUGUCGGAAGAGCAGCUCAAAUACGCACCUCAUGGCAGCGAGGAAGCAUUCUUCAUGUACCGGAAGAACCAGCGGAAGGCAACGUACGGUGAGGAAGAUUUUUUCAGCCUCCUUUCGGACGAGGUGCUGCUGCACAUCCUGAAAUGGCUGCCCAAAAAGACGCUCCUGAGCUGCGGCCAGGUGAACCGGCGCUUCAACCGGGUGUCGAAGGACGAAACGCUCUGGUACCGGUUGGAUCUCAGCAAUCGAACGCUCCAGUUCGACGGGCUGGUGGAGGUGCUGAGCCGCGGCGUCAUCGUGCUACGGCUGGCCCAAACAUCCAUCGUUAAUCCCACGCCGGACUCAAACUAUCUGGAAUUUCCGGCCUGCAUUAAGGUACAGUAUUUGGAUCUCAGCAUGUGCACCGUCAGCGUGGCCGUGCUGGGCGCCCUGCUCGCGAACUGCCGGGCGCUGGUCAAGCUGAGCCUCGAGAACGUGCCGCUGGAUGGGCGCAUCUGUGCGGAAAUAGCCGAAAACCGAAAGCUAGAGGCACUGAAUCUCACCAUGUGCUCGGGCAUCGAUGCGACGGGGAUGAGACUGAUGGCGAAAGCCUUGACGAGACUGCACAGCUUGAACGUGAGCUGGACUAGCCUAAGUGCCGAAGCCGUCCAGGAGUUGGUGCGGAACCUAACGCCGCAAAUAGUGCACCUGAACUUGUCGGGCUGCCGAUCCACCCUCACCGAUGAGAAAGUGGCUGUCCUGAUCAAACGCUGUACAAAGCUGGUCGCGCUCGAUCUGUCGGACUGUACCCCGUUGACGGAGGUUGUCAUAAAAACACUCUGCAAGGCUCGAAAGAUUGAAUACUUGUCGUUGUCGCGGUGCUACAACAUCCCCGUCACCGCCUACUUGAACUUGACCGAACUAAAAACGCUCCGAUUUUUAGACCUGUUUGGGCUCGUAUCCGACCAAGCGAUUGCUACACUGAAGAACUCGCUGGUCGACAUUGGCAUUAACAAGUACUAUCACAGCUCCGUUGCGCGGCCCACGGUCGGUACGAAACGAACCUCGAUCUGGGGUCUACGGACGCGCGAUUGAGCCCUUGGUUAAGGAAGUGUAGUGUGACAAAUAAAAGCGUGCGCCAUGUGUUGAUGAAA